ACUUUCAGUUUGUUUGGCAAUAUCUUCAUUUCCCUCAGGAGAUCUCUCUCAUGGCAAUAUCCUCAAUGGCCCCCUCCCUGUCUUCUCUCAGCCGUCCAUCAUCUCCUCAUCCAUCUCCAUUGCCGUUCAUCUCUCCCAAAAUCCCCCCCUUCUUCGGAACCUCCUCCCCUCUUCUGUCUCAAUCCCCCGCCAGAAAGAGUCCCACCACAAGAGCUCUCAGAGGCUGGCGAGAAUACGAGGAAGCCGUCAAAGACGAGGACCUCGCCCGAGCCCUCCACUUCUUGAAAUCCAUCGAAUCCCUUCCUCUCCAAUCCUCUCCCCACAGCGGCAGCAGUGGCGGUCUAUUGCAGCUGCAGCGACCGGAGAGGGACUGGGAAGUGCUCGAUGCUUGCUUGAAUGCCGAUGACAUGAAGCUUGUCGGCAGCACCUACAAGUUCCUCCACGACCGGGGCUUCCUCCCUAAUUUUGGGAAGUGCAAGAACAUCGUUUUAGAAGGACCUAGAGAUGUGACACCAACAGUUUUGAAGUCUUCAACUGGUUUGGAAGCUUCUAAGCUUUCACCAAAGAAGUGGGGUCUUUCUGGAAGCUCUAGUGCCGUCUUAGCUGCUUUUCUCGGUGGAGUAUCCUUUCUACUCUCUCAAGGAAUAGACAUAAGACCCAAUCUAGCUGCCAUAUUGGGGCUAGCUAUGCUAGACGCAAUUUUCCUAGGUGGCAGCUGUCUUGCUCAGAUCUCAUGUUUAUGGCCUCCAUACAGGCGUCGGAUUCUUGUUCAUGAAGCGGGGCACCUUCUUACUGCAUACCUUAUGGGUUGCCCAGUUCGUGGAGUAAUUUUAGACCCGAUUGUAGCUAUGCAAAUGGGAAUUCAGGGGCAGGCAGGAACUCAGUUUUGGGAUGAGAAGUUGGAAAAUGAGCUUGCGGAGGGCCGGCUUUCCAGCGCUUCUUUUGAUAGGUACUGCAUGGUUCUUUUUGCUGGAAUUGCAGCUGAAGCUCUUGUAUACGGAGAAGCGGAGGGAGGAGAAAAUGACGAGAAUCUGUUUAGGAGCAUCUCCGUUCUUCUACAACCUCCUCUAUCCAUUGCACAGAUGUCAAAUCAGGCACGCUGGUCAGUUUUACAGUCAUACAAUCUCCUCAAGUGGCACAAACACGCCCACAGAGCUGCUGUUAGAGCUCUAGAGAGUGGCAACAGUCUGAGUGUUGUCAUCAGGACGAUUGAAGAAGCGAUUCUGUCCAAAGGAGUUGAAGAGUAGGAAUGUGUUGAGGGUAAAUGGCAGCAUGAAAAUGUAAGCACAAAGUAACCAGUCUUUUUCUGCACAUGCACUGUGAAAAAUGGGUUUGUGGAUACGUAUGGAGGCGAAGGUGAGAAAAUGACAUAAAUGGAAUGCAAAUCACAGAAGUUGGGAAGUAUAUGAUCAUGAUCUUUUCACCCCGAAUUUGAACAUUUAUCUUACUCACUACCGCGAAAUGGAACCCGUCCAUAGAAGGGAGGGAAGAAUAUGAUGUAGGCUGCCAUUCCUUCUUUUCUAUAUUAGUAUACAAGGAUGCAGUCAAAGCUUCUGAAAGGGAGGUCCACUUCUGUCAUCUAAAAAUGAUGCUUGAGAGCAUGUAAACUUGCCUUCCUGAUUUGAACAGAGAGUGGUGAACUUGGGCAGCACUGCUCAUGGCGUUUUUCAGGUGACGGAUGGGGGUUGACUCACACAUGAACUUUUUGCUCAAUGAUGCCUGAGGAUGAAAUCUUAGGCCUUGAUCACUGGAGAGCAUAUUUCCUCAUACAACCUCAUGCAGAAUGUAUGGAGAUGGAACUUUCAAUCCUUGGUCAUUAUCAGACAGUGGGGCUGAAGUUGCAGAGAGCAGAUUUUCUUACAAUCUAUAUUCCUGGUGAGGUAAGUGUGUCUCAUUGUUGUUUUAUGAAUAUUGUAUUUAAUCCAGAGAACUUGAUUUUAGUUCAGAUCACAUGUUGGGUUUUGGUGAA